GGUCAAAUGGCAAGAUUCUCCACUUUGAAUAAAUUUCUGAGCAAGAGUUUGUAUGAACAGCACCACGAAGCAAGAUGGCUGGUUCUAUAAGGGCUGUGUGAUACUCUUAAAGUUACUUUUCAAACCAAAAAUAUCUAAAGGCUGUACAUCAAGUGUUCAAUUUAACAGCAGAAACCUUGUUUAAUAUUAUAGUUAUUAUGAGUUCUUGUAAAUAUAUAUAUGUUAUUGGACAUUGGUGUAUGGUUGACCACUUGCACUAGUGCUAGCUGUGAUUGAAUGGAUGAGAAUUGGGGUUCAAGGGCACUACUGGGGAACCAGAACCAUGAUGGGAACUCUUUUAACUCUGAUAAGGUCCGUUCUGGCCUCCACUCUGAGUCUCCCUUUCAGUUUGACCAUCAAGUCUCCUCUACCAGCCACUUAAUUAAGUCAAGGUCUCUCUCUGAUUUCUCUCUUGAAAGUUAAAGUCGUAAGGAGAGAAAGAAUAUUAUGAAAGACAGUUUGCUACUCUGAAAUCAUUUGAAGAAGUUGACUCCAUAGCAACAUCGGACUGCGCCGACGUAGAAGACAUUGGAAAACAAGCUGAACAUGAACUGGCAAUGAAGAUUUCUAAUUAUGCAAAUGCAGCAUUAUUGGCAUUGAAGAUUUAUGUGACUAUAAGGAGUGGAUCAAUAGCUGUUGCAGCAUCAACGUUGGAUUCUCUGCUUGACUUUAUGGCUGGUGGCAUACUUUGGUUUACCCACCUUGCAAUGAAGGAAAUAAAUAUGUACAAAUACCCAAUUGGAAAGUUGAGGGUGCAGCCAGUGGGCAUAAUUAUCUUUGCAGCUGUCAUGGCGACACUUGGCUUUCAAGUAUUGGUCACGGCUGUGCAACAACUAAUAGAAAACAAUCCUCCUGAGAAGAUGUCUGUUGAUCAGCUAGUAUGGUUGUACUCCAUUAUGAUAUUUGCAACGGUGGUGAAGCUUGCACUCUGGCUUUAUUGUAGAAGCUCAGGAAACAAAAUUGUCCGUGCCUAUGCAGAUGAUCACCACUUUGAUGUUGUAACAAAUGUGAUUGGAUUAGUUGCAGCUGUUCUUGGUGAUAAAUUUUACUGGUGGAUUGACCCAGUUGGUUCUAUUUUACUUUCAAUUUACACUAUUACAAAUUGGUCUGGCACUGUGAUGGAAAAUGCAGUUUCACUUGUGGGACAAUGUGCACCUCCUGAAGUUCUGCAGAAGCUGACAUAUCUUGUCCGCGCCUACACAUUUGGCGUUCUAUAUUUUGUGAAGGUUGACAUUGAACUACCAGAGGAUUUACCCUUAAAAGAAGCACAUGCCAUUGGAGAGAGCCUUCAGAUAAAGCUAGAGAAACUUCCAGAAGUUGCGAGGGCAUUUGUUCAUCUAGACUUCGAAUGUGAUCACAAACCAGAGCACUCAGUUCUUACCAAACUGCCAGAUCACAAAUCAGAUCACAAACCAGAGCAAUUAUUAUAGUGGCUGCUUUUUAACUUCAUUCAAUUAAAUGUUAAAAUUUAUUUUUUUAUUAAAUUUAAAUUUAAAUAGUGGCAUAUAGAAUGCAACUAAUUAGGAAA